CAGCUAAUUAAACAACUGAAAACUGUAUGGGCCAGCUACAUUCCUGGGCUUAUUCUACUGACUUCACUGAUGCUGCAGGGGGAUAUUCAGAAGCCUUGAAAGGGAACUGUCCAAUGUAGUUCAGGAGCACUGCACCAAUAAUGUCAUUGGAAUGACACAAGAAAUGCAGUUGGCCUGUACAAUUUUAAGAUGAAAGACAACUGAAGAGUGCAAUGUGCAUGUCACACCCUCUGAGGCUGAGAUUAGCCCAAUAAUCACCAACGCUAAGGAAAACAGCUCCAUACAAAGGAGGACUUAUGAAGGCAAUUAAGUUUGUUUGGUAACUAAUUAGGACCUCCUCCACAAACAGCAUCGCAGAUCCUCCAGGCAGUCCUAGGAACUGUAUAAAAGCGCUCACCACUCAGGGCUCUUCUAAGCACUUCUCCAGACUUCAUCUCCUCGGUGAACCGGGUUUACCUCCGUCCCAGAAAGAUGACUUUCUCCAGCCUCUGCUAUCCAGAAUGUGGGGUGGCCCGACCCAGUCCAGUUACUGGCAGCGCCAACGAGCCGUGCGUUAGGCAGUGCCCUGACUCCGAAGUGAUGAUCAAUCCCUCACCGGUUGUUGUGACCCUUCCAGGACCAAUUCUCAGCAAUUUCCCUCAGCAGAGUGACGUGGGAGCCGUAGGAGCACCUGUGGUUGGAGCCGGUUUCGGGGGCUCAUUCGGUUUGGGGGGAUUGUACGGCUAUGGAGGCCAUUACGGAGGAUUGUAUGGUUUAGGGAGAUUAGGUGGUUACGGGGGCCUUUAUGGUUACGGGGGAUUAUUGGGCCAUGGGGGAUACUGUGGUUACCCGGGUCUUUAUGGUUAUGGGGGAUUAUUGGGCUAUGGGGGACGCUGCGGUUACCCAGGCCUUUAUGGUUAUGGGGGAUUAUGGGGAUAUGGGGGAUAUGGCCGUAGGUAUCUUGGUGGAUACUGUGGGCCAUGUUAA